UAUAAAUGCCCCAACACACACCUGCAAGACGUUUGUUUAACGCACACUGAACUGAGGAAAGUCAGGACAAAGAACUGAAUUAUGGGAGUCGACUCGAAAAGUAACAGCAGUAAAACAUGGGUUCUCCUCGCAGCGGGUUCUAAAGACUGGAAAGACUAUAAUGACCAGGCCAAUGUGUGUCACGCUUACCAGGUUUUCCACAAGAACGGGAUUCCAGAUGAACAGAUUGUGGUGAUGAUGUAUGAUGAUAUCGCUUAUAAUGAAGAGAAUCCUUUUAAAGGUAAAAUUAUUAAUGUACCAAAUGGUACAAAUGUUUACACUGGAGUUCCGAAGGACUACACUGGAGAGGAGGUUUCAGCUGAAAACUUUCUGGCUGUACUACGUGGAGAUUCAGCAGCUGUCAAGAAAACAGGACCAAAAAAGGUCAUACAAAGUGGUGAAAAUGACUCUAUCUUCAUUUACUUAACGAGCCAUGGACUUGUGGGUUCUUUUUCAUUUCCUAAUUCCAAUCUUUCUGCACGCAAUCUCACUGACACAAUACAUGCCAUGUCGAGGAACAGGAAAUUUUCAAAGAUGGUCAUUUAUAUGCAGGCGUGUCAUUCUGGAUCCAUGUUUGAAGAGCUGAGAGACAUGAACAACGUGUACGCAGUUGCAUCGUGCAGGCCUGAUGAAUGUAGCUAUGCUUAUUGCCGUGAUAAGCAAAGAAAUGUCUUUCUUACAGACUACUUCACCUUUCACUGGCUACAGCACACCAAGACAGUAAACCUCGACAGGACUUCAUUUCGAGAUCAGUUUUCCUACUUGAUGAAAAAUGUCAAAGAGUGUAUGGGAAAAGAAAAGACUCAGACACCAUGUAACUAUGGUAACAUGUGUGAUUCUCCAUUGUCUCAAAUCCUGGGGAAUGAUGUGAAAGAUGAUGCUCCAGCUUCAGGAUGCAGCAUCUGUUGAAAGCACUUUCUGAAGGUUCUGGAGAGAGGUUUCUUUCCUGCUUGAAAGCUUCCCGCUGGCGAUGCGUUUAUCCAGGUGUACAGAAUGAGACACAACGUGGUGGGACAUAUGACAAGUCAAGACAUUAGCCUGAUUUACAACAACCCUAACAUCACAGCAUUGCUUAUUGCAAGCUUAUUAGUUUACUAAAUUACUGAACAGCUUCUAUUAGUAGAAUAUAAAAUAAAUACUGUACACUACUUGUUGCUGUCAUUCUACAGUCGCAUACAGAGUGCCGGGUGGUGAAGAGUGACUGUUACCCCUGGUGAAGUUUAUUAUUUUUCUAUAACAGCAGAUACAUCUUAUACUGCAGCAAUUUGCCAAAAACUCCAAAUUUAUUAAACUUUAUUGAAAAAAUAAACUGCAUAUUUCAACCAUGAACCUGUAACACCAUGUGUGCUGCCUAACGCACCUAAACAAGUUUGUAUGGCAGCCACUUAUAGAAUAUAUAAUUACAUUAUUAUAAAUUACAUUGUUAUCUCAUUAUACAUCCGAGCAGUUGAAGGUUAUGGGGUUUUGCUCAAGGGUCCAACAGGGGCAAUUUGAUGGUGCUGGGGUUUGAACCUGGGACCUUCUGAACCAUGGAUCAACACCUUAACCACUUAGCUACCCCUGGAAAGUGUAUCAGCUGCAGCGGGUCAGUGUGGAGUGAAGCUGGGCAUUGAGAUUGAUACUGGUGUUAGAUUUGGCCUGAACUAAAGUUUCUAGGGACUGGAGUGACACUGGGCGACAAAUAGGGAAUUUCCCUUUCAGGAGUGAUUUAGUAAGCAUGUCAGAUCACUGCUAAUCACAUAUUAAAUUUUAUAUUAUAGCUUUUGUUAAGAAUAUUUUUUUAUUGUUUAACUAUUAUUGAAGUUUUUAAUUCUUCUUAUUAUUAUUAUUAUCAUUGUUAAGUGUUUAAAGUAUGUGUAUGGGUCUUACAAGGCUUCCUAUGAGGUUCAUACUAAAGUUUAACCUGUUAAACCUGCUAAACCUGUUAAACCUAACUAAAAGCAUAAUUGACAGGUCUCAGGUAAAUGUCCAACCUAACUUUUUCACCAACAACAUACGGGUUGUAUAAAAUGAUGUGUUCUCAAAAGAAUUUACAAUGUGUAAUGGAUGCAAUACUCAAGGUUUCUAAUUUAUAUCAGUGCACAUGAAAGCUGCUUAAAAUCCAUAGACCCCUUGUUGUAGUUGAUAUUUUUGUUGGUUUUGGCCGCAGUGUAACAGGACAAAAUGUACAUAGUGUUAUCUUAUACUGUAAAUGUGUUACCAGUUUACUGUCCAGUGAGAGCACAUUGUAGUAACAUGAGACAAUAUACUGUGAAUGUGAAUGUUAAGAAAAGUUUUGAAAAUUAUAUAAAGUUCUGUAAUUUAAAAUUAAUGUGUAAAUGUCUGUAUAAGCGAGCCCCUCCUGUUUUUGAUGAGUUUAUUGUCGCUCUCAGAGUAGUGGGCUCUAUUACACAAGAAGCCUCAAGUGGAAAUGUCAAGGUGCCUCUAAGAACAACAUCUUUUAGACAGUCAUCUGUCUCUGUCCAGGGCUCUAACCUGUGGAACUCUCUGAGUCGUGAACUCAAACAGGAUUCAGUAUGGGGACAUUUUAAAUAUGAACUCAAACAUGUUUUAAAAGGGUGUCAGGCAUGUCAACAUAACUAAUUCACUGCAUUUCUGUUUGCCCCAAGCUGGAGUUUAUUUGUGAAUAAAUGAACGCACUUGUGAAAAAGAAAGAUUCCAAAAAUUUAAGUAGUAAUUUUGACCAAAUAACUGCUGUGAUAAUUAGAAAAAUACCCUUAUUGAUUUUUUUUUAUAUGUAUUUUUAGGAACACAAGAGUUAGCACAUCCUGUGGAUUUACUGCAGCAAGGGAAUUUUAUUAUAUAUUGAUGAUUAAUGCAAGUUCGUCUUGUGGGAUUUGUACUUAAGUGUUUUGUAUGUUCCAAUUUCACAUAUCAGGUUUUGCAGUACUCUUCAUUCUCUUCAUUUUAUUAUUCAAAUUUAAUUUUACAAAUUAACUGCAAUUAUGUGAAAUGACGACACAUUAAUUAAUUUUCAGUAAGAUGCACUAUCCCAGCUUUUAACCAUCACUAUGUGGUCCUUGUUAAAGUCUCUCCUUAUGCUCGCUCAUUUUUACUCACAUCGACUUUGAGAACUGACUGUUUACUUGAUAUAUCUACUGACGUGUCAAUAUGAGGAGUUAAUCUAUGUUAUUCACUUCACCUGUAAGUGCUUUUAAUUUUAUGGCUGAUCAGAGUACUGUAUGUGCAAAUCAUUGAGUUAGCACAGUUUACAUUUAUUGUUUUAAGAAGUAAGCCUUUGCUGCUUUUC